AGAGAGAGGCAGUAUUCACAUUAGGGUCUGAGAUCUGUCUGACGCUCUCCAGCAGAGUUCGCCACUUUCCUCCACCCCAUCAGCUGUGCGGGUGUCGGUGGGCUCCUCCACUCUGGCUGCUUCUGCUGGGAAUGAUGGAAGCGCUUCAUCAGUCACUGAGACGUCUGACGGUAUCAGACGCGUUUUUUGCGAGGAGCUGCUGAAAUAUAUGAACACCGGUCAACGUGUGAUGGACAGAGGAGACUGAGAGUUUGAGGGGGCUGAAUGAGUCGCCACGAGUUUAUUUUACUCAUUUAAUGACAUUAAAUAACAUUCAAGAAAAGUAAAAGUAAAACAGGACGCUUUUCUGGAUUUAUACACUGAGAGGAGCGAAGCUGCGGCUGCCGCUCUUCCAUCGGCAGAUCUGGAGCAGAAGCGAACAGGAGAACUUCUCAGCAGAUUCCUUCUUUUCUUCGAUGUAGUUUCCCUCCUGAGUCGCUGGACUGAGGAUUUCUCCAGUGUCUGAGCGCCAUGGCGCAGCACUUGCUCUGCUGGCUUGUGGUCUUGGUGGUCUCUGGCCACAUGUGGAGAGCUGGAGCGUCUAGAUACCCUCAGCAUGCGGAGCAGAGAGAGUCUGAGAGCGCAGCGAGGGUGGCCAGCAGACACAGGAAUUGGUGUGCCUAUGUAGUGACAAAAACUGUUAGCUGUGUUAUGGAGGAUGGAGUGGAGACAUACGUGAAACCAGAGUACCAGCACUGUGCUUGGGGCCAGUGUUCCCGGGUGGUUGUGUAUCGGACAUACAGAAGACCCAGGUACAAGGUUGCCUACAAAAUGGUGACACAGAUGGAGUGGAAGUGUUGUCAUGGCUACUCAGGUGAAGACUGCAGUGUUGGCCCCAGUGGCGGCUCAGAUUCCCAUGUCAUCACUUCCAGACCUUCGACAUCACAGACUGGAUCCAGUACCAGGAAUGAAGAGAGGGGUGGAGAAGGAAGAGGGGACAGUGAUAAGAUCAGACAACUUGAGGAGAAGAUCCACAGCCUGACCAAGGAACUCCAUGACAUGCAGUCCACAAUGCAAGGAAUGAAUCAGAAAAUACACGAGGAGUCUCAUCAUGGGGGCAGUAGUGGUGGUCACAGUCCUGCUGACGCAGCCCAGCCAGAGAUGCGGGAAACCAUCAACAGCAUCCAGAGCAAGUUGGAUCUCCUGGACAACAUGACUCAAGUACAUGACAGGACCCUCAUCAGCAUCAACAACCAUCUAGUUAGUGGCAGCGGUGCAGGCAACGAGCUAGACAGGGGAGAUCGCUACAACACACUGAAGGAAGAGAUUCUACGGGAGCUAGAAUAUCGUGUCACACUGUCCUGCUCCUCCUGCCAGACUGGAGUGGAGGACAUUCGGCGGCUGCAGCAGGAGAACGAGGACCAGAUCAAGGCAAUGGAGAAGCACAUAGAGCAGCAGCACAAGCACACAGUUGAGUUCCUGCAAAGGGAGCUGUCCCACUUACAGGGCUGUUGUAGCUCCAUAGCGGACCUUGAGAGGAGAGUCAGUGCCGUAGAAAGAAAGGUCAGUUCUACUGCAGAAUCAUAUGACGUCUUACAAAGCUGGCUUGAAAAGGAGUUGAAAGGGUCUGGUGGAAAUGGAGGCCGAGGAAAGAUAUCGGAGGAGAGACUGAACACCCGCCUCAAAGAACUAGAGCGACGGCUGAAUGGAACAGUGAGGAAAGCUGAGCAGAAAUGCUCAUACACUGAGAGCAGCAUGAAGGAACUAUUGCAAAGAGAGAUCAACCAGAUACGCAACUCUGUCCAGGGCAAAAACGUUGAGCAUAGUUACAGAAUUUCUAACAUUGAGCUGGACGUCAGGGAUCUGAGGGAUUCUGUUGAUGACCACAAGGGUCGUAUAACUGAACUGGAGAACAAGACGUCUGUCUUUAACAGCAAGCUCAAAUCUGCAGUUGCUUUGUGUGCAGAGACAUGCGCUGCACAAGAAAAAGCAAGCAAAACUGAGGACACUGUGAAAACUCUGGAGUGGCAAGUAAUUGCCAAUCAGGAAAACAUCCAGAAGUUUGACACCAAGCUAAAGGAUCUCUCAGUGUCUGGCGACUCCCUGAUGGACCGCAUUUUAGACCUCAGUCAGGAUGUUCAGAAAGUAAAGGAUUUGAUGGGCGAGAAUGGUGAGAAUUUCGAAAAGAUUAUCACUGAGGUAGAAACGCUAGGGAGUAAUUGUGAUGUCUGCAGUUCUGUUUUCAGUUCCCUAGAGAAUGACCUCCAAAAGUUUAGUAACUCAACAAGAGAUGCCCUGGAGAAAUGGCAAGGUGAAAUCACCAACUUGAGGAAGAGAGUCGAUUCUGAUGAGAGCACAUGCUCACAGGUUUGCUCAAAUCUACAGGAGGAAGUGGGCAAACUCAAGGAGGACGUGGAGAAAUGCCAGGGGCAGUGCAAGAUCAGCAUGGAGGAGCACAAGAAACACACAAAUGGACAGCAUGUCAUAACUAGCACACUGGGCAAAGAACUUAAGUCCAUUCAAGGUGAGCUCUCAGGAGUCAAACUGACCUUCAACUCCAUCAAUGAUACCCUGAAGGGGCUAGGUCGUACUGUUCAGAGACAUGGCAGUACCAUAACUGACCUGGGCACUUCUAAGGACAGGAUCUUCUCUGAGAUUGACAAGAUCCAGCGGGAUCUGAAUGAGCACGUAGAGGACAGUCUAGGACGCUUCAGCAAUGUUAGGCAUGAGAUCCACAACUUCAACAGCAAAAUAUUGGUUGAGAUGGGUGAGUGCAAACGUGCUGGCGAGGGGCUCGAAAAGAGGCUUUUGAAAAUGGAGGACGUCUGUGGCAGGCUGGACUCGCUUUCAGAGAGCCUGCAGCACAUCAAGGACGGACUGAGUAGACAUGUGUCAGGACUCUGGACCUGUGUCAAUGGGCUCAAUGCUACCAUCAUUACUCAGGGAGAGGCCAUAGACAACAUUCAGGACAUUCAUUUGGAGAACAUCCAUGAGAUGAUGGAUAACCUUAACUCCUCACUACUGCACUUCCAAAAAGAGUUCCAGACCUUCACUGAGCAAGACUUUACUGGGCCACAAGGACCACAAGGAGAGCGGGGCUUACCAGGCAUAGCAGGGCCAAGGGGCCCCCCUGGCGAAGAAGGUCCACCAGGAAAACCAGGAAUUCAGGGUCCAGUGGGACCACCAGGCCUCAGAGGUGAGGAGGGACCUCCAGGAGAUGAUGCAAAAGUACCGAGGCUGUCGUUUUCCGCAGCCCUAACACGACCACAGAACGAUCCAGGCACCAUUAUCUUUAACAAGGUUUUUGUUAAUGAAGGACAUUCGUACAAUCCAUAUACAGGCACAUUCACGGCACCAGUGAGCGGUCGUUACUUCUUCAGCGCAGUUCUGACUGGUCAUAAGAACGUGAAGAUUGAGGCAGUCCUGUCUAAGUCUAACUACGGUAUUGCCCGUGGAGACUCUGCUGGUUACCAGCCGGAGGGCCUGGAGAAGCCCAUAGCUGAGGCCAGGCAAACCCCAGGCUCCCUGGUCAUCUUCAACAUCAUACUCCCACUACAAGAGGGAGACACUGUCUGCAUUGACCUGGUCACGGGUAAACUGGCCAACUCUGUUGAACCUCUUACUAUCUUCAGUGGAAUGCUACUGUAUGAGGAAGUGGAUGCCAUUGCUACUCCAUGAUCAAGAGAAGAACUGUGGUUGUAGAUUUGUGGAGUUAAAAUUGAAGAACUUGAGAAAUAAUCUGCUUUUUACAGUGUUCAGUGACAGCUAUGAAACGGUAUGUAUUAUACGCUGCCAGUCAAAUGUUUAGAUACAUCUACUCUAAGAAGGAUUGUCCUUGUUUUUAGCCUACUAUUUUACUCAUUUUAGAAUAAACGAAACCAAAGUAUAGGAAGACAUGGAAUUAUGCAAUAGGCAUAAGAAAAAACUUUUUUUCAAGUCCCGAUGUCAACUUUAUGCACGCUUAGCAUUACGAUCUGCGCUAUUUGUUUUGGUAAGAACUUUUAAAAAAGUAUGCAAGCAUAAGCCUGUACUUCAAAAUGUCUUUAAUAUUAUGAAAUUGUACAAUCAGUUGUGUCUAAACUUUUGACUGGUAGUGUACAUUCAGGUUUAUUAACUAUUUGAAUACCACCUGUGACGUUUUUGGGCACAGGAAGUCUGUUUGUGUCAGAACAGUGAAAGAUUUAAAUGUUUUGACUCUAAAGCUGUUGUUUAUAGUCAUUUAUAGUAACAUGUAUCACUGCUUUGGGAAAUAGUAUUAAUGUGUUUUACACAAAGCAAGACUGUAUUCUUUCAAUGGCUUUGAGUUAAUGCUGUUACGUGCACCACUGUAAGUGCUUUUCCAUUUGCUCUGACAUUUAUCUAGCGAGCUCUCCUAGAUGGGAGAGUUAACUCUCAGAAUGUAAAUUGAAGUGUUGCCAAACUCCUCCUCCAACCACUGCCUUAAAGCCAGUUCCUUUUGAAGUGCAAGGCUGAAUUCAGAAUGAUCAGGGAUAGAGAGAGAGAGAGAUGUCCUGAAAAUAUGUAUUUCUGGACUUUCAGGCAGAAGUUUUUCCUCAAAGACCCCACUGACAGCUUUCUCUUAAAUUGCCAAUACAUAUGUCUUUAUUAUUUUAAUCCAUUUGCUGUUUUAUUCAUUCAUGUUUCUGUUUUUUUUUACUUUAAAAUCACCUUAUUUGGGAAUACAGGCCUCACUCCUGUGCGAAUACAAUUCAGUGAGCGCAAACAAAUCUUGGCGUGCUCAGAAGAGAACAAUUUAAGACCAGAGGCUAUGAGAAAGGAUGGCUUUUCAAACCCAGUCCUCCAACCACAGAACUCUAAGAGUGUUGUAAAUGGUUGCAUAACUGUUUUUUUACUGUUCCCUUGACAAUUGAACUUUUACACUUCAAAUAGCUCUUCAAUCAAGUUAAAUAUAACACUUUGCAGCUCAUGUUUCUGCCAGGAAUUCCAGUGUGUGACAUGAAGACUCUUGGUGGUCUGAGGCAAAUGGAAAACUUGAAUGUGUUUUCACCAAGGAUGUUGUGAGAACAAACACUGACCUCUCAAGCUCCAUUAACCUAAAUGAAAGAAGAACAAAGGAAUGGGCCUGCACAAAGCCCACGGACUUAUGUUUCAUUAAGUGUUAAUUUUGCUGAGAUUUCAGUGGCUUUUUUUUAUUUGAGCUGAAGCAGAUACAGAGUGGAUCAUCAGUUUGAGUAACUAUGUAUAUGAAACAUUGCCUAUAUUUGGUUUUGUACCCCAAAUUCCCAUGGUUCCUGUACAAUAAUAAACUACACCAAAUACAGACCAUGUAAUGAUUCGCCACUCAA